AUGGCCGAGGAAACAAACAGUCCCAAAACGAGUCCUGUAUCCAAAGAGGAUGCCGAGACGCGAGCGGCCCGCAGGGAGCUAAAGCAACACUCAAUAUCCGAGCCAGCAAGUACCGCUGCGGCCGACGCGAACGAGCGCCCCGAGACCCCUGCGACCGAAGGAGAGGAUGCUGCCCCGGCUGAGGAUCACGUUCUGUCGCCGAAGAAGAAGCGGGCGCACGACCAGCUAGACAGCGGGAAGGUCAUGCAAGACAAGGACGUACAAAGUGGUGCUUCGACAGACUCGGCCAAGGACCGGGCUUCAAGAUCAGAGCCCGAGAAGAAGAGGCCGCGAGAUGGUGAGAGCAAAGAAUCCACCACAGAAGACGACAAGAAAACCGGCGGUACCGAUGCGAAACCAGAUACGAAAAAAUCACAGACAUCUUCAAGCGCCUUUGCAGCAUCAGGAUUCGGCAAACUUGCCGCGGGCGGCUCAGGUUUUGCUUCAUUGGGUGGAGGGAAUGCCAGUCCCUUUGGAGCAGCAGCCGGUAAACCCAUGACUUCCUUCGCCUCGCCAACGAAGCCCACGAAGCCCAGCGAGGCGCCGAAGCUUAGCUUUGGAGGUGGUACAAGUGCCUCGCCAUUUGCCGGACUCUCUUCCGGAUCCAAUGGGUUCGGCAGCGCACUGGGCGGCGGUAGCGCAUUCGGGGCGUCCUCGGGUUCAAAGCUGGGGUCAUUCGCUGCGCCGGGCUCCAAGCCGGCUUUUGGGAAUGACAAGCCCGCCAAGGCCUUUGGUGCGCCAGAGAGUGAUGUCGAAGAUGACGAAGACGACGACAAUGAUGAUGAUGAGUCCAAGGACGACAAGGGUGACGAAGAGCGAGCAGCAUCGCCUGAGAAAGAAGAUGACAAGAAGAAGGCCAGGCUUCAAAAGGUUGAGGUCAACGAUGGCGAGCAAGGCGAGGUCACUGUCGUCUCUGUGCGGGCCAAGGUCUUCCACUUGGACAAAGAGGUUGGGUGGAAAGAGCGUGGCAGCGGCAUGCUCAAGAUCAAUGUACCAGUCGAGUGCGUUGAGCUUGAUCAUGAUAACAACCCGAUCCCUGGGUCAUUCGACGCCUCAGGCUUCGAGCUGGAGGACGAGGAAGCUGGCGCGAAACCAAACAAGGUCGCCCGCCUUAUUCUUCGACAAGAUCAAACGCACCGCGUCAUUCUGAACACGGCCAUCGCGCCUGCGAUGGAGUUUCAGGAGAAGGCAACGCUGAAGUCAGUCGGCAUCGUCUUCACAGCAUUUGAAGGGGACGGCGCGGGUGCUAAACCUGUGAAUAUCACUGCCAAGAUGACUGCCGCGAACGCCAAGAUCUUCAUGAACGAGGUCAAGCUCAUCCAGAGGGAGCUCCGGGGCAUCUAG